GAUAAUGCACCAUUGAGAUAAUGCACUCAUUUUUUCAACGGCCCUGAGUUAGAUAUUUGUUUACGUUUUUAGAUAUGUUAGUUGUAAAUAAAAAUGAGAAGAAAAAACUUAACAAUUAAAGAAAAAAAUCUUAUAUUAGAUGAAAAAGAGAACCAACCAAAAAAUGUACUUGACCUUAGUUUUGAAUUUAAUGUGUCCAAAUGGACUAUCAAUCGUACUUUGAAACAGAAAAAACCACUACAAGAGGCCUUCACCAAUGGACAGGGUAAAAUAACGAGGCUCCAAAAAAACACUGAUUUAAUUGAAUUUGAUUCCAAAGUGAAGGCCUGGAUAAUGAGUUGUGCAAGUAAAGGCAUUCCAAUAUCGGCUACUAUGAUUAUAGAAUAUACCAAACAAAUUUCUAAUGGAACCAAAGGAUCAUGGGGUUGGUUUUUGUGUUUUAAAAAAAGGAUUAAUUUAAAAUUAGGAUCUACCAGCUGUGAAAGAUUGUCGAUAAAUUUAAAGAUUGUUGAAAAUUGGAGAAAUUUUCAGAUUCCAACAAUAAUGAUCAAUUGGCAACACGAAUUUAUUUACAAUUGCGAUGAAACCGCACUUUUUUGGAGGCAGACUCCAGUAAAAACUUAUUUCAUCUCCAAAACAGAACACAUUGGUGAUAAAUUAUUUCACGAACGUAUUACCAUUUUAUUUUGUGUCAAUCGAAAUGGCGAUAAAUUGGCUCCACUUGUUAUAAGCCGUUCUGCUAAACCUCGUUGUUUUUAUUCAAAUUGCCUCAAAGAUCUGGACUUAAAAUAUGUUUCUCAAAUUAAUUCAUGGAUGAAUCGUGAAAUUUUUUAUGAUUGGGUCAGUGAUCUUCACUCCACUCUGGUGCAACAAAAUAAAAAAAUUCUCCUUCUCCUUGACAAUUUCAGAGGACAUAAUAUUCAACAACAAGAUUUCCCUCUCAUCACAUUCAAAUUUUUACCUGCUGGCACUACUUCACUUACUCAACCUCUUGAUGGAGGAAUUAUUAAGUCAUUUAAAUCCAAAUAUUUAUCCUUAUUUAUGAAAAAUAUUAUUGAAAAUAUUGAUGCUAAUCACAUUUCCGAUGUUGUUAAAAAAAUAAACAUUUUAAAUGCCUUAAAUUGGGUUGAUCAAUCUUGGAAAAACAUAAGCAGUGAAACAAUAACCAACUGCUGGUGUCAUUUCAAGUAUUUUGACUCCUAUAAUACAAAUGAAUCUCAUGUAAAUAGUGAUAAUGAUGAAGUUCCCGAAUUACUCAGUGCUUUAAACCAACUCAAUUUAAACUGUUGUUCCUAUGAUGAUCUCUUAGAUCAAAAUAAUUUUGAUUUUGUUAAUUUUUUUUAUGAUUAAAAGUCUAUUUCCACAAAAUAUCUGUACAAAUAGUGUAAAUAAGCUAUUACCAGAGCGGUGCAUUAUCUCAAUGGUGACUGUACUUCCUAUCCAAACAUUAGUUGGCGAGUAAGCAAAUGGAAUAAUUUGACUUUUGAUUUUCUAUCUUGGUGCUUUAAAGGCUAUCAACAAUUGUUACUACUGGUGAAUUUUUCCUACAAAUUCAAGCUCGCCAUAGUUUCUAAAGUAUUGUUACUAUUAGGG